AUGUCCCAAGUCCUUGCGACGUCAAGGAGGGCAUACCCCUUAGGGUAUCAUUCGUGUAGAGCUCCUAGGUCGUGUCAUUGCAAAGCUUCAAGGCGAAAGAAGCAUGGGUGGCCCCUUUGCGUAGAAGGCAACAACUAUGUUGUCCUAGGCAACACCCCACAUGUGGCUGGAGGAAAUGGAGUUCUGAGCGAAGAUAGGAAGGGGAAUGCACUUAUGAGAGGAGACGGCGCUGGCCUCGGCCUGGGCAACGCCAGGCAAUGCUUGGACCUGGGUGACGCCAGCCCGCCCCUUAGCUUAGGAGGGGUGACGCCUUGUAGGCGACACCAGGCUGGGGUAUGCCUUGCAAGCACUGGGCGGCGCCAGAAGGCGACACCAGGCUGGGGUAUGCCUUGCAAGCACUGGGCGGCGCCAGAAGAGGAAAAGAGGAUGGCUCCUUGUGGGCAUCAUAUAGGCGGCACCUAUGGCACUGAAGCUGUCGCUAAUGUGGGUUGGAGCAGGAGGGGUGAUGCCUUGUAG